ACUCUUUCCGCACGGCACGAAAGGUGUGUUUGUGAGCGAAAAAAGGGCUGAGAUACAUAAAGUUCAGCAUCUGCGAGUCAUCAAUCAAGCAAAAAUUAUGUCAGUUGUGGGUCAGCAAUAAACAAAGUAGUCUGUACUCGCAAAACUACUUCACUUACACGCCGAUUAAUUAAAAAGCAUCAAGUCAAUUGUAGUUUGACUCUCGUUUCGUGCACAUCGCGACGAUUAUGGAGAAGAAAUUCAUUCCAACUGAGCAUCAACAUACCCGAUUUAACCCUUUGACCGGGCAAUGGGUGCUUGUGAGUCCUCAUCGCAUGAAGCGUCCGUGGUCUGGGCAAGAAGAACAGCCCGAGAGAAAUCAAUUACCCGAGUUUGAUCCAACGAAUCCGUUGUGUCCCGGCGUUAUUCGAUCCUCGGGCGAAAAAACGCCCAAAUAUGAGUCAGUUUAUGUCUUUACGAACGAUUUUAGUGCAUUGAUGGAGGAUGUUCCGCUUCCGCCGCAAAAUACGGAGCCACUUUUCCAAAUGGGAGGCGCUCGAGGCACUUGUCGGGUCAUGUGUUUCCAUCCAAAGUCAAAUAAGACGUUGCCAACGAUGACCCCGAAGGAGAUAAGAAACGUGAUUGACGCAUGGAUCUCGGAGUUCAAUAGUUUGGGAAAAAUCUACACGUGGGUGCAAAUUUUCGAAAAUAAAGGCGCCGCCAUGGGUUGCUCGAAUCCCCAUCCGCAUUGCCAGAUCUGGGCUUGUUCGUUUUUCCCCUCGGAGCCACUUGUGAAGCACGAACGGUUGUUGGCGUACUUCCAGGAACACAAACGGCCCCUUUUGGAUGACUAUGUGGCGCGCGAAGUCGAGAAGAAGGAACGAAUUGUCAUCGAAAACCCGGAUUGGCUUGUCGUUGUGCCAUUUUGGGCAACGUGGCCUUUUGAGACGAUGAUCAUUUCGCGGAAUAGUAACAAGCGGAUUUCGGAUUUGACUACGGGACAAAUUAAUAAUUUGGCUGUCGUGAUCAAGGAAUUGACGACAAAGUACGAUAAUUUGUUCAAAUGCUCGUUUCCGUAUAGCAUGGGAUGGCACGGGGCACCGACAGGCGAAAAGUUGAAGGAGAAUCAGGAACAUUGGACCUUGCAUGGGAUUUAUUAUCCGCCGUUGUUGAGAUCCGCAACUGUUCGCAAAUUCAUGGUUGGAUUCGAACUUUUGUGCCAAUCUCAACGCGAUUUGACUCCGGAACAGGCUGCCGAUCGUUUGCGCCAAGUCGAUGGACGUCGUCAUUACAGCGAAGUUCUCUAAAAAUCUC